GAGGUGCUUAUCUGAUUGUGGCUUGGACAGGCAGCACCACAUAUAAACUGAUGAGAGGAAAACUCAGCAGCAGAAGACUCUUCAGUCAGGAACUAUUUGCAUCACUAUUCAAGACUGCAAAAAUGUCUUCCACUUUGCAAGGAGCCAUGGAAGACCUUAUCAAGGUCUUUUACCGCUACUCAGGAAAUGAAGGUGACAAGUACAAGCUGAACAAGAAGGAGAUGAAGAAGAUGCUCCAGGAGGAACUCUCAGAAUUCCUGAAUGGUUCAAAUGAUCCCGCUAUGGUUGAGAAGAUUAUGACUGGCCUAGAUGACAACAAAGAUGGUGAAGUGGACUUCCAGGAGUUUGUGGUUUUGGUCGCUGCGCUGACUGUGGCUUGCAACGAGUUCUUUGUGGAUUGUCUUAAAGAGAACAAGGGCUCAGUCUAAGCUGGAAAGUUGGUUCAUGACAUUGAAUCUGACAGGAUCUACAAAUGCAGAAGUGGUGUGAAUCCUCACAUAUCAUCUUGAAGAUGGUCAAUAAUUUACAUUUACCUAUCCAUAAUUGGUCUGCCAUCUUUAAUAAAACAUAGUGUUUAUCCUGUG